AUUGAUUUUGGAGAACUUCUAAAUAUUUAUCUAAUUAGUGAAGCGACUAGAAUUGUUUCCUUGAAUGACCAGCUAGAAUUCUAGAUGAUGAAAAAAGAAAAAGUAAGGUGUUCAAAUAUAGGCAUAGGCUGUGUGACAAGUUGCACCGUCCUCUGCUGGAACCACAUAUGCUGUUUAAAUUGUUGGAUUUGAGGUGUCAGAAAGUUUUUCACCAUAUCACGGUAGCGCUCGCCAGUGACAGUAAGAGAAUUACCUGCAGCGUCUUUAAAGAAGAAGAUCCAAUGAUACCUCCAUACCAAACACCGCACCAAACUGUGACUUGA